AUCCUGCUCUGCUUACCGGCACACACACACAGCUCGGGAUAGGGAGCAACUACCAGCCUGGUUCUGUUUAAACCUUCACAGGUCAUCCUGUCCUGUGAAGGUUAUUGAUCUGAUCGGACAGAUACCAAUUGCCAUGGGGCCUCACCUGUUCGCCACAGCCUGCCUUCUGUUUGGAAGGAUAAUAAUAACACACCAAACUGAAAGUCACAUGAACUGGCUGUACACACUGCUGUUCCCUCCACAAGGCCCUCAGAUGUUUCCUUGUCUAACUUACCUGGAGCGAAACGUCAGGGUGGAUUGUGAGUUCCCACCCACUUACGAGAUCCCAGGCCCCUACUGUGAGUAUCGACAGGACAGCCGGCUGGUUGGUAGCACCUACCCCAAUGUCUACAUCUAUGUGUCCACUGAGGAUCGCAGGAGGAGCAACGUCAGCCUGGUCACUCCCACUAUCUGCCGCCUCACCUGGGCCCCAAUGGCUGAAGAGAAGCCUUAUACAUACACCUGCAGGGUUUACCAAGGCACCGAAUGGAAGGAGAACAGCAUGGCCGUGCAUCACAGGCUUCUUCCAAUCUGCUCUGCAAUAAGCGUGAUGUUCAAAUCUGCGCCAUGGCUUUUGUCACUGGUGAUGUCACUUCCUGUAGCUGUUGGGCUUCUGAGUCCCUGAACUGUCCCUUUCACAGGGUAACAACUCACUGGACGUUUUUUUUUUAACAUGGUUUGUGACUCACUCGGGUUUGAUGGCUGGUGGUUGACUCAACACAAGAUGAUUUUUAGUCAUAAGUAAUCAUAAUUUCAUGGGGCAUUAAAACCCAUCUGAAUAAAUGACACUGAGAAAAAUCAAUUCCAAGGCCUUAGGACAGGAAGGAAACCAUGAUAUUAACAUAAAAGACAGUGAAAACAAAUGCAACAGUGAACAGUGCUGAUUUUCUGUUAUGAUAGCUGACAUUUUAUGAAGACAUUUUUUUUGUCUGUUGUUGUGAUCGGGGUCCUGUCUGGGACCUGUCUGAUUUCAAACAAUCAUUUAGUUUUUUAAAGAAAAUCAGAUCCUUAUAGAUUUAUAUUGCUUCUUAUUGCUGUUCUGAACACAAAUGUGUUUGCUUACAGUAGUGUAAAUGAUCACAACACAUAGAUCUGGUGCUCUUGCAACAUACAGCUUUAUGUAAAAAUGUGGAGAGCCCUUUGAUUGGAU